ACACUGCGUGUUGAUCUGUGCUAUUUGUCAACGGAAUUUACCGCUAGUAUUGGAAGAAUAAGGUACCGGCAGCGAUCGUGUGAAUGCGUGUACAGUUAGCGUAGCGUAUAUUUUUUCCUCGGAAGGUGUAUCCCCCCCGUCGGAUCAGUUACGUAAAAAUCUCGAUCCAAUUACAAAGCCCAGGAGGGAUAGCGAGGAUAAAUUCGUAUGAGUGGCCGAGUGGCUGUUCCGACGUGAUCUCGGCGCGUGCGUUUACACGAUCGCGGUAAUCAAACGGUAUUAUUACAUGGCGUCUCGUGUCGAUUGUAUCGCCGCGUCGUUCGACAUGUUUUCCGAAUAACAUUUCACGCUUGGUUACGUGCUGAUGUUGUAAGUGGCCGGGAGAAAGAAAACGAAAAAGAAAAAGAAAGAAACGACAGAUAGAGAACAAAAAAGAGACGGGAAGAAGCGAUCGAGAUAUAUAUACAUACGUAUACGUAUAUCUGCAGGUAUAUAGGUAGAUAAGCAAGGUAUUGAGAUAGACAAACUCGAUCUUCCGUGAUUGAACGGUGGGGAGCUUGUCGCGUUUACGUGGGCGAGGGUGGGUCUGCGAGAAAAGGGCGUGGAAAAGCGAUCACAACGACGAGUUAAAUAGGCAGGACGUAAACGUACGCUAACAUUAUGGGUAAGACGCCAAAGAAGGCGACCUCUGGGGGCGAUGAGAGGAAUUUGUACAAUUGGAGACUCAAGGCAACGACCGCGCCACCAAAUCCUUCUGAAACUAGCUUGCACAAGAGACAGCGCGAAUCCACGAUUUCGAACAGAUCUAAAUUGAGUACCUUACAGAAGAAAGUACCGCAUAAUCCAAGGAAGAACUUUAAAAAGAAAAUUGAGACGUCGACGAAAUUUGAGCUGACCCGUAUUGCAAAACUAACCACAGACAAUUCAGAUAGAGCGGCUGGAAGCUCGAAGAAAAAGAAAUUAAUUGUUCCAGAAAGGAGCGAGGAAUCAGACGCCGUGAAGAUGCAGCCAGAAUCAGAAGAGGCAGAUGCAAAGCUAAACCCAACCGUAGAAAUGACGUCCACCAAAACAGAUAGUUCUCAGGAUGCGGAAGAAUCUGAUAAGAAGUGUGAUCAUGCUACUGGCAAAUCUGUUUCAGUUUCAAAGACACAAGAGGAUUUAGAGACGCAAGAGGUAAAUAAUGAAACAGUAGUUGAAAAGGAGGAGUCUAAACGCCAAAAGAAAGUGAACAAUUCUGAUAAAAGUCAAGAGGUGGAGGAUUCCGAGGAGAGCAAUUUAAAUUUGCAGUUCGAAGUGGAAGACAAUGUUGAAAACACAAGUACGGAAACGACGAACGAUGCAGAUUUAAAGAAAGAGGACGAUGAGAAAUGCUCUUCUGAGGCAGAGGCAACGAAGAACGACACGCAAGAGAAGGAAGAUCUGCAGAGCGAGUCACAAACCGAGACGGAAAGUAAUUCGGUAGACAUUCUGGAAUUCACGACGUCGGAGAUGUCAGAAACGUCGGAGACCCCGUCGCAGAGCGAGGUUCAGAAGGAGAAGGAAGAAGAGAAGGAGAAACCCGAGGAAGGUGCGAAUAAGAACGCGUCGUUCGUUUCGUACGAUCCUUCGAUAAUGUUGAAGGACGUGCAGAUCAAGCUGAACGACUGUUUGAAAGAGAACUCGAAGUUACACGAUACGGGUAACGUUAGUCAUGGUACGUUGAACCAGCCGAUGAAGGACAUGUCCUUCGGAAAGACACUGAGAAGCAUUUCCGGGCGACGUUCUCUCAGCAGAAUGCGUCACGUUACUUUACGCGAGCAUAGGUACUCGCCGAGUGACUCAAUGUUCGUCAAUACGUCGAGCGCAUCACUGCCGCCAGACGAAACGAUAGACUAUAAGAUCCUUCGUUACAGCAGCAACUUGUCCGACACGCUUUCAACCACGAACGGUAGUCCAGUCGACAGAAAGCGAAAACAGGACGCCGAGGACUGGAAUUCUAUCAAGAAGCAGAAAAUAGAAGCCGAGAACAGCUUGUUACAUAGUCCCAUCAGUUUGUUGAAAGGGUUACGCAAGCCUAUACAAGUCUCCACGCCGGUCUCCGAGUUGAAGUUUCAGUCCGAUAAAUUGGAGCUGGACGAGAAUAGUAAAUCGGCGAGCGAAGGUAGCAAAAAAUGGUGUGUUAUCAUGUAAAAAUUAUCGUCGGAAUCUCCAGCGUCGAUCGAUGAGAAAGAAUUUUUAUAUAUUUUUGCACGCGAAGGAAGCACGGUUCGUGUUAUGCCAUGCGUUUGGAUAAACAUGCCUAGGUAUAUACAUGUUGUAUCGUAUCGUAUCGUAUCGUAUCGUUGAGUUAAACCGGAGAAUUAUAUUUCUUCGAUAAGGCGAAAUUUUUUUUUCAUUUGUUCGUAUAGGUUUCUACGUUUAUUAUUAUUAUUUUUUUUUUUUCAUUUCUUCCACGUUUUCUUUUUCUUCUAUUAUCGUCUUAAACAAUUGGCUAGUGCUUUGUUUCUCUGAGACAAAAUGUUUAUGGUAUUAUAGUUUUUCUAAAGCAUUUCUAUUCUUUACACGAGAUACGUAUUAUAUUAUAAAACAGUGUAAUUCCACACGACAGAGGCUCAUGAAAAGAUAUUGCAUUCUUAAUGAAUAAUCUUUUAAACUUCGACUAUAUAUAUUAUAUGUAUAUUAUUAAGUACGUCUUAUAUUUGUCACUAGCAGUUGAGUAUAUUUUAUACGAACAACAGAGUGUAAUUAUAUAAAGAAAUAUGUAAUGGUAGAAUCCGUCAUCCCAUCACUCGAGAAGCUACUUCGCAGACUAUAUUUUUCAAGUAUGCUACGUGUACUCCCCUCGUGCAUUGUAUCAGCCACAUCGAUCGAUUCUUGAUUAUGUAGAUACAUUCGAGUCGUUAGAGAACGUAUCUUCGUUCUGUUCGUUUUGUUCGCUUCAGUUUCAGUUUAAAUAUCGCAACAGAUUAUUUUACUCCAUUGACGUUACAAAAUAUAUUUUCUCAUAUUACUAGACGUAAGUCGAUUAUCAUCGUAGGAUACCUACUUAAGAAGAAUAAGUUUAUGUUUCGAUAAAGGAGACAGUCAAGUCAAUCGGAAGUCCAAGGAUAUUGUAUAAAGAAGUACAAUAUGUUGUUUGCCCUGUGCGUCCGCAAUGUCGAAGCAAUUCUAGAGCUUGCAUUACAUUUUAUCGCGAGAUUCACGGAAAUCUCAAGUUAGUAAGACUGCAAUGACAAUUUUACUUAUUUACAUGCGUAGGAUUAAAAAUGCGGUUUGUUGCGAAAUGGCUCGUAUUUUAUGGACAGUACCUGCGACGAAGUUGCUGUUCCCAUUUUUCUUGAGGCGUUGGGCUCCUAAAUUAACGACGAUUAAACUUUUCUUGAAACAAAUUCACCAAGCUACGUUUCACACAGGUGAAAUUGCACGACGAGUGCUACAAAUAAAUAUGUAUAUUCUGUAUUUAUUCCUGAACGUUCAAGAAAAUACCAAUAACGAUUGUUUCUCGAUUUGCACGAAAGAGGAAAAGAAAAAAAAAAAAAAAAAAGAACAAGAAUAAGUUUAACACGUUUGCCCGCGCGAAUUUUUAUUGGAAAACGCAGAGCAGUGUCGUGAUUAAUUAAAUCAAGAUCACUUUUCUUUCCGUCGCGAUGCAUUGUUUUCUUUUUUUCUUUGAAAAAAUACGAUGUCCUUUUUGCGACAGUAAAAACGCGAAACACUAUUUUACGACACUGAUUCACAGAUACUCAAAUUUGCCAAUGCAUGUCGAUAACGGAAGUAGCGGAGUAGUUCGAAACGAUUUCGAAGGAAACAUUGCGAAAUGCGAAACAUUUGCAAUUGAUGUUUGUUAGAUAUGGUUGUAAGUACCGGAGAGUCGGACAAAGUUAUUACAUGUGUCGCGUCGAGUAUGAAUCUGUCGAGCGUUGUUUCGACAGUUAGGUUCACGUUUUUAUUGCGGUGAAUAUCCACGUAAUUCCCGGAACAUAAAUGCACACGCGUACAGUAUUUUUUUCUCCAUGACGUUCUUUCUCACCAUGACGAUCGAACAACAGAAACAUUCAUCUUCCACGUAGAGAUUAACACGUGUUUCGCGUUUCCAAAAACUGCAACUGUUGAAAGUUCAUCAGAGCCGAAACGUGUGUGUAACACAGCUCUACGCACUUUUCUACUUGUUACAUCCAAACGAAGA